AGUUUCUGUAUAGACACACCACGUGAACGCGCACUUUUUUUGGUGCUCCCGUGGCGUGUGCACGUCGUGUGCACGUUCAGGUUCUAAACCCAGAGACUAGUCAGCGACUGACUCGUUUCAAUAGUAUUUCCAUCUGUCAGUGACUCCCCCCUUUGACAACUGUAGCUAAAACUGUAGCUAAAUAUGUCAAAGUUGGAGCAGGUCCUUGUUCUCGAUCCUCCAUCUGAUCUUAGAUUUAAAGGUCCUUUUACAGAUGUCGUCACCACCAACCUGAAGCUGAAGAACCCAUCUGACAGGAGAGUAUGUUUCAAAGUGAAGACCACAGCUCCUAGGAGAUACUGUGUACGGCCCAACAGCGGCAUCAUAGAUGCAGGCGCCACCGUCACCAUCUCUGUAAUGCUCCAGCCCUUUGACUACGACCCCAAUGAGAAAAGUAAACACAAAUUCAUGGUCCAGAGCAUCUUUGCUCCGCCUAAUGAGUCUGAACUCGACGUUAUGUGGAAAGAUGCCAAACCCGAUGAUCUCAUGGAUUCCAAGCUGAGAUGUGUAUUCGACCUGCCUUCUGAAAACGAUAGAGUGGUCAUCAGCUCAGGGACAGGAGAAAAGGAGACAGGUCAGGAGAAUAGAUCCUUCACUAGAGGAGCAGCAGGAUUAAUCACCCCAGUGCAGUUGGGCAGACACUCCAUGUUCUCAGGAGAGCCAGGCUAUGAGACGGGGUCUCGCCUGCCCCCCCGGGCCACCCCUACCUGGGGUGGUGGGGAGUUCCGUACCCCCUUCAGCAGCAGACUGGGUCUAGGUCUACCCCCCACCCCGCCAGGCAGUGUUUGCAACAGGAGUGAUCUACAGGGAUUCAGGACAGCCCCCAGCUCUGAGGUUAAAGUCAGAAAGAUGCCGCAGAAUGACGUGGAAAGGAGCAGCGACGUUGCGGCGCCCGUGCAGAACUCGUCCAAGGCGGCGGACAGGCCCGUGGCAGCGGCGAAGACGGUCAGCGCCUCGAUGGACGACUCUGAGAUGAAGAAACUAACACAGGAGUGCAAGAGACUGCAGGCUGAGAUGGGCAAACUGACCGAGGAGAACAGACAACUCAAGGACGACGGCGUUAGAAUGAGAAGGGCUGCCCAGCAUUCCGAUCACUUGACAUCAAAUCAGACGGGCUCCUCCUCCUCUUCCUCCGUGAUGCAACACACCACCGCCGCGUCCCUGCCUUCCCUCCUCGUCGUCAUAGCAGCCAUCUUCAUCGGCUUCUUCAUGGGGAAGUUCGUCUUGUAGACCUGGGGCUGGGUUCUGAAAUGGCACCCCCAUUCCCUUGACCGGGGGCACUCGUGCGGAUGAGUCCCAUAGGGUUCUGGUCAAAAGUUGUGCACUUACAUAGAGGGAAUAGGGUGCCAUUUGGGAUGUUGCGUCCUGGGAGACGCACAACGCCUGCCGUAUCCCACGACGAUCCCUCAGCUCCGGAAUCAAAAGGCGUGGAUGGAAGAUGUGUUUCUGUUAACGUAGCCAUAUCAGAUGUAGUGCUGUGAACCUCCAUCUUGUCUGCAGUGACCACGUCUGUCUGUCUGUCUGUCUGUCUGUCUGUCUGUCUGUCUGUCUGUCUGUCUGUCUGUCUGUCUGUCUGUCUGUCUGUCUGUCUAGCAUCAGAAGUACCAGGGACCCGCUGCCUUUUUUUUUACAAGGUCUCACACAUGGCUAGUACACACACACACACACACACAAAGGAAGGAAGUAAGGAAGUAAGGAAGGAAGGAAGGAAGGAAGCUCCUUGUUUGUGUGUUUCUGUUCUUUGAUGGAUGGACAGACAGGAUUGUGGAGGGAUAUGACGUUUGUGUCCUAAAUGGCACCCUAUUCCUUAUAUAGUGCACUACUUUUGACCAAAGCCCUUAUAGGCCCUGUAAUGCCCUAGGUACCCUGGUAAAAAAGUUAGUGCACUAUAAAUGGAAUAGGCUGCUAUUUAGGACAUACAGGAAGUAGUACACUACCAAUCAACAUGGAGGACAGUUUACUCUGAAUCCCAAACGGCACACUAUCUCCUAUGUAGUGCACUACUUUUGAUAAGAGACAAUACUAAUUGAGCCCAGGUCUACAGUAGCCUGGUCCUAACCUCCAGUCCUCAGCCCCAGGCCAGGAUAUAGUAGCCUGGUCCUAACCUCCAGUCCUCAGCCCCAGGCCAGGAUACAGUAGCCUGGUCCUAACCUCCAGUCUUCAGCCCCAGGCCAGGAUAUAGUAGCCUGGUCCUAACCUCCAGUCCUCAGCCCCAGGCCAGGAUAUAGUAGCCUGGUCCUAACCUCCAGUCCUCAGCCCCAGGCCAGGAUACAGUAGCCUGGUCCUAACCUCCAGUCCUCAGCCCCAGGCCAGGACACAGUAGCCUGGUCCUAACCUCCAGUCCUCAGCCCCAGGCCAGGAUAUAGUAGCCUGGUCCUAACCUCCAGUCCUCAGCCCCAGGCCAGGAUAUAGUAGCCUGGUCCUAACCUCCAGUCCUCAGCCCCAGGCCAGGAUAUAGUAGCCUGGUCCUAACCUCCAGUCCUCAGCCCCAGGCCAGGAUAUAGUAGCCUGGUCCUAACCUCUAGUCCUCAUCCCCAGGCCAGGAUAUAGUAGCCUGGUCCUAACCUCCAGUCCUCAGGCCCAGGCCAGGAUAUAGUAGCCUGGUCCUAACCUCCAGUCCUCAGCCCCAGGCCAGGAUAUAGUAGCCUGGUCCUAACCUCCAGUCCUCAGCCCCAGGCCAGGAUACAGUAGCCUGGUCCUAACCUCCAGUCCUCAGGCCCAGGCCAGGAUAUAGUAGCCUGGUCCUAACCUCUAGUCCUCAGCCCCAGGCCAGGAUAUAGUAGCCUGGUCCUAACCUCCAGUCCUCAGGCCCAGGCCAGGAUAUAGUAGCCUGGUCCUAACCUCCAGUCCUCAGCCCCAGGCCAGGAUACAUUAGCCUGGUCCAGAUCUGUUUGGUUCUGGUCAAAAGUAGUGCCCUAGGGAGUAGUGUAUCAUUUGACACCUAGACACAUCACCGUGGGCCUGAAGCAGUGUUCUCUGUCUGUUGUGUUAAUAGUAGUUGAAUGGAACGUUAAGUGUCUUUUUGUAAAUGUUAUUUUAACCAUUUUAAGAUAAAAAGGAGAGCACUACUUCAAUCGUCAAAUACCGACCACCUUACUACCUGUUGCAUGGCAUCCUCUUUCCUUUUAUAGUGCGCUACUUGUGACCAGAGCACUAUGGACCCUAGUCAAAAGUAGUGCACUAUACAGGGACGCAGCCAUAUAUACUACUUCAUUUGUUCUGUUUGUAAUUUCUCAACUUUUUUUUUUUUUUCCUCUGGGGAAUAUUUCUAUUCCAUCUGGGAUAUAAUAGGUGCCUCCUUCGUCCCUUCCUCCCUUUCCUACCUGGCCCUGUCCUUUCCCACCUGUCCCUGUCCUUUCCUACCUGUCCUUUCCUACCUGUCCCUGUCCUUUCCUACCUGUCCCUGUCCUUUCCUACCUGUCCUUUCCUACCUGUCCCUGUCCUUUCCUACCUGUCCCUGUCCUUUCCUACCUGUCCUUUCCUACCUGUCCCUGUCCUGUCCUACCUGUCCUUUCCUAUCCCUGACAAUACCAAUGUAGACUUUAUAUUAUAAUUUUUCUCAGUACAAAUCAUAUUAUAAUCCUUCUUUUCUUUUUUUGUUGAGUCAAAUGAAAACCAAGAAGGUUUCCUUCCAACCCUGUUCCCUCCCACGGUUUUAAACAUUUUGAAGAAAUAAAACUGAAAACAACGUGG